AUGAAUUAUCUGCGUCGACGUCUCUCGGACAGCACGUUCAUCUCCAAUCUGCCCAAUGGCUACAUGACUGACCUCCAGAGGCCUGACAAUGCUCAGCCGGCUCCACCUGCCUCCACCACCCCCGCCAAGUCUCCUACAACUGGGCCCACUCCACCUGCCACUUCCCCGGCUCCAGAGAGGAAGCCCCAGCCGUCUCAGUCCUCCGGAGCGGGCUUCUUCAGCUCCAUCACCAACGUUGUUAAGCAGACAGCUGCCUCAGCAGGGCUGGUGGAGCAGACCCAAGUCACGACACCCAAGAAGUUCAAGAUUCUCCUGGUAAUCGACGAACCACAACAGGAGUGGGCUAAAUUGUUCCGGGGAAAGAAACUACAUGGAGAUUAUGACAUCAAAGUGGAGCAGGCUGAAUUCAACGAGAUCAACGUUGUGGCCCACGCCAACGGGACCUGCAACGUUAACAUGCAAGUUCUCAGAAAUGGGACCAAGGUUAUCAGGUCAUUCAAGCCAGACUUUGUCCUCAUUCGUCAACACGCCUUCAGUAUGACCCAGAAUGAGGAUUUUCGCAACCUGAUCAUCGGUCUGCAGUAUGGAGGCGUCCCGUGCAUCAACUCGCUUGAGUCCAUCUACAACCUGUGUGACAAGCCGUGGGCGUUUGCCCAACUUAUCAACACCCACAGAAAGCUGGGUUCAGAGAAGUUCCCUCUGAUUGAGCAGACGUUCUACCCAAACUACAAGGAGAUGGUGAGCAUGCCAUCCUUCCCUGUGGUUGUGAAGAUUGGACACGCCCACUCCGGAAUUGGAAAGGUGAAGGUGGACAAUCACAGUAAGUUCCAGGACAUAGCCAGUGUCGUGGCUCUCACCCAGACGUACACCACCACAGAACCUCUCAUCGACUCCAAGUACGACAUCAGAAUCCAGAAGAUCGGCUCUGACUACAAGGCCUACAUGAGAACUUCUAUAUCUGGAAACUGGAAGACCAAUACUGGCUCAGCUAUGCUGGAACAGGUGGCCAUGACUGAGAGGUACAAGCUGUGGGUCGACACCAGCUCAGAGAUUUUCGGGGGUCUGGAUAUUUGCGCCGUCAAAGCCAUCCAUGGGAAAGAUGGCAAAGAUUUCAUCACAGAGGUGGUGGGCUCUUCCAUGCCCCUGGUGGGGGAGCACCAGGCUGAGGACAGGCAGCUCAUCGCGGACAUGGUGCUGGCAGAAAUGAACCAAUCAGCGGAAAGGGAAGCUAAUGCUCCCCAAAGACCCACCACCAUACAGCCAUCGCAGGGAGCUGGCCAGAAGGGAGAGAUUGUCGGCGAACCCAUUAAAAACGGUGCCGGACACCCACCUCAAGGUUGUCUGCAGUACAUUCUCGACUGUAAUGGCGUGGCAGUGGGUCCAAAACCAGUCCAGGCCAACUGA